AUGGCUGACCUGGAGGUGGCCAUCUGCAUGAUUAUGGACGUGUUUGCUCGCUAUGCAAGGACGCGCGGCAGCAGGCAGAGCCUGAGCAAGGAGGAGCUGAGGGAGCUCCUGCAGAAGGAACUCCCGGGCUUACUGGAGGGCGGGAAGGAGGACGCCAUGGACAAGCUGUUCAGGGGCCUGCACACCGGCGAAGACGCCACCGUGAGCUUCCAGGAGUUCAUCGUGCUGGUGGCCGGGCUCAUGUCUGCCUGUCACAAGCACUUCCAGGAGGAUUGA